UUCUCGUCACUACGCUAGGCCCGCUAUUCCCUGCCUUGCCGAAAGAGUGAAGUUCGAAGGGUUGCUUCGCUCGCCGGCCUGAGGUGUUGAACAAAAUACUGGACUAAAAAGAAGAACGGUGGUAUAUUUUCCUGCUGAGAACAACAGGAUGGACCCCAACAGAAUGGAUGAUUUUGAAAUGCCCGAUUCUGAUCCAACUGCGGCUGAUGCCGAGUGGAAGAAAAUACAGCAAAACACAUUCACGCGUUGGUGUAACGAGCAUCUAAAAUGCAUGAAUCUUUACAUCUAUAGCUUGGAAACCGACUUAUGCGAUGGGCUUAAACUUAUAGCUCUACUUCAAGUUCUCUCGCACAAAAAACUACCAAGGCACAACAAGAAGCCGGUGUUUAAAUCCCAAAAGAUUGAGAAUGUAUCUAUCGCCCUGAAAUUCAUUGAAGACGAGAAUAUUCGACUGGUUAGCAUCGAUGCCAGUGAUAUUGUUAAGGGAAAUCUGAAACUUAUUCUUGGGUUAAUAUGGACCCUUAUCUUGAAAUACCAGAUCAGUAUGCCUUACCUGGAUGAUGAAGAUGACGAGGAUGAAGGCAGGAACAAAAUGACACCAAAACAGGCUCUUCUGGCUUGGGUGAAGAGUAAGAUGCCAGAGUCUGUUCCUAUGGAUAACUUCACCACUCACUGGAAUAACGGUAUUGCUGUUGCUUGCCUUGUUGACGCAAUAGCUCCAGGACUGAUCCCAGAAUGUGAGGAUUUGGAUCCAAAAGAUGCACUUCAAAAUGCUCAACAAGCUAUGAAGCUUGCCCAGGACUGGCUUGACAUUCCACAGGUACUGGAUCCUGCAGACAUGGUGAACCCCAAGGUUGAUGAGCUUAGCAUGAUGACGUAUGUUUCCUACUUCCCUGAGGCCAAACUGAAACCUGGCGCACCUCUGCGUCCAAGAGUUCAUCCAGCCUCUAAAUGCUAUGCCAAGGGACCAGGUAUUGAGCCCAAGGGUCUUGUUGUAAAGAAACCAGCAGACUUUACUGUCUUCACUCAAGGUGCUGGUCGUGGCAAACUUGGUGUUACUGUUAUUGGGCCUGGAAAAGUUGAUCAAGAAGUGUCAGUUAAGGAUAAUGAUGAUCAUACUUAUUCUUGCCAGUACCUUCCUCAGAAACCAGGAAAGUAUGAUGUACAUGUGAAAUGGAAUGGCCGACAUAUCCCCAAGAGUCCUUUCCGUGUAGAAGUAUCAUCUGAUCUUGAUGCUGGUAAAGCUUAUGCUAAAGGACCAGGUCUUGCACCCACAGGAGUAGUGGCAGGAAAAUACACCGACUUCACUGUUUUUACAAAAGGCGCAGGCGAGGGCAAGGUAACAGUGAAGGUGAUUGACCCCCGAGGAGGUGAAGAUGUUGAUGUUAUAAUUGAGCCACAAGAAAAUGAUGAGUACCUGGUCGAGUAUCAACCUGUAAAUGCUGGUAAACACACCAUUAAAGUCAUGUUUGGAGGUCAACCCAUUCAACAAAGUCCAUUCCAUGUCAAUGUCAGCCCACCAAAGAUUGAUCCUAUACCAUCUAAAGUCAAAGUAUUUGGCCCAGGUGUUGAGCCUACUGGACUAAAAGCAGGUUCCAGAGCUCCAUUCACAGUUGAUACACGAGGAGCUGGUGAUGGCGAUCUUGAUGUGUUUGUUGAAGGCCCUCUUGGAGAAGAAAAGGUUGAUAUCAAAAACAAUGGUGAUGGCACUUAUGCUUGCGUAUACCAUCCAAGCAAGUUUGGUAAAUAUGUGGUCAGUGUAACCUGGAGUGGAAAACAAGUACCCAAGAGUCCAUUUAACGUCAAGGUUGCACCUGCUGUUGAUCCUGCAAAGAUUCAUGCUUAUGGUCCUGGACUAGAGAAAGGUGUUGCCAACAAGCCUUGCCACUUCACAGUCGAAACAAAGGGAGCUGGCAUUGACAGUCUAGGAUUUGCUGUUGAGGGACCUGCUCAAGCAGAAAUCAAAUGUCAUGACAGAGGAGAUGGCAUAUGUGAUGUGACCUAUUAUCCAAUGGUACCUGGAAAAUAUGCUGUCCAUGUGACUUGUGGUGAUGUUGACAUACCCAAGAGUCCAUUCAUGGUUCCUAUUUCACCUCCUGGUGAUGCAUCAAAGGUGUAUGCCAAGGGUCCUGGUUUGGAACCAGAGGGUGUUUGUGCAGGUUCUCCAGCUGAAUUCACUGUGUUCACAAAGGAAGCAGGAGAUGGAGAUGUGGAUGUUAAGGUCAUGGAUGGAGCUGGCAAGAAAGUACCAGUAGACAUAGUUGACAACAAAGAUGGAACCUACUCAGUGACCUACUACCCAGAAAAGCCUGGUAUGUACACUGUCGCCAUACAUUUCAACGACAAAACAAUCCCCAAAAGUCCUUUCAAGGUCAACAUUGGCAAAACAAACCCAGCAAGAUGCCGUGCAUUUGGUCCUGGCUUGGAGAAAGGAUUUGUCAACCAAGUUAAUCAGUUCAAAAUCGAAACUAAAGGUGCUGGAGAAGGUGGUCUUGGACUUACAAUUGAAGGACCUUCAGAAGCCAAAAUUGACUGCAAAGAUCUUGGAGAUGGAUCAUGCGAUGUUGACUAUAUUCCAAACGAGCCUGGUGAUUACAUGAUCAAUAUUCUCUUUGCCGACAAACAUAUUCCUGGAAGUCCUUUCAAGGCAAGAAUCAACUAUCCCUUUGACCCAACCAAGGUCAAAGUUGAGGGUCCUGGUAUUGAGCCAGGCAUUCGUGCUGGCGAACCAGCUGAUAUUGACAUUGACACCCGUCUUGCUGGUGAUGCCAAACUAGAAGUCAGUGUGGUGGAUGAACAGAAUUCUCCAGUCAAAUGUGAUGUAGAAGAGGAAGAGUUUGGCCUUCAUGCGGUAACCUACUUCCCCAACAAGCAAGGUAACCACAAAGUCAACGUAAAAUACGGUUCCACCCAUGUACCCGGCAGUCCAUUCAAAGUCCCAAUCUCACCUUCCUCUGAUCCAUCAAAAGUCAAGGUCUCAGGCCCUGGCGUAGAACCCUCUGGUGUCGAACCAAACAAACCAACGUACUUCAACAUUGCUUGUGAUGGAGCUGGUAAAGGAGACGUACAUGUCAGUGUUGAGCCAGCAAAGAGAGGACUGAAACCCGUUGAAAAAAUAACUGUAACAGAAGUGUCCAAAGAUAAUUUCAAAUGCGACUACGUUGCACCAGAUGAAGGUCCUUACAACGUCAAUGUCUCAUUUGCUGGUAAACCUGUCCCUAACAGUCCAUUUAAAGUUAAUGUGGCAAAAACUGGUGAUGCUGGUAAAUGUAGAGCUCAGGGUGAUGGUUUAGAGACAGCCAUCAUUGAUAUGCUGGCUGAGUUUGAUGUUGACUGCUCCCAAGCUGGAACUGGACAACUUAUGGCUUCCGUGACAAAUCCUUCUGGUGCGCACACAGAUACCCUGGUCACAGACAACGAAGACGGCUCAUACAGUGUAUCUUACACACCAUUCGAGGAAGGCAUUCACGAUCUAUCAGUAAAGUUCGCAGGUGAUCAUAUCCCAGGAAGCCCCUUCAAGGUCGAUGUUCUUCCACCAACUGACRCAUCGAAAUGCAAAGCUUAUGGACCAGGUUUAGAGCGUGCUGAAAUAAAUAGACCUGCUGAAUUCACUGUGGAAACAAAAGGAGCUGGUGCUGGUGGUUUGAGCCUUGCAAUCGAGGGACCAUCCGAAGCUAAGCUAACAUGCACGGACAAUGGCGACGGUACUUGCUCAGUUAGCUACGUGCCAGUCGAGGAAGGAGACUAUGACAUCCAUAUCAAAUUCGCUGACGAACACAUACCUGGAAGCCCCUUCACAGCCAAGGCUGGGCUUCCUGUAGAUCCCUCUAAAGUUAAAGUACAUGGACCUGGAGUUGACACUGAUAACCCCUUGUACUCCAAGGCACCACAAAAGCUUAUUGUCGAUACCACAGAAGCUGGAAUUGCUCCUCUUGAUGUAGCUAUUGAAACUCCAAACAGGAAGACCAUCAAGCCUGAUAGUGUUGUUGAGGAAAAACCAGGUGUCUAUGCUGUGACCUACCUUCCAGCUGAUGAAGGACGUUAUAAUGUGAACGUCAAGUAUGCUUCCACCCAUGUGCCAAAGAGUCCUUUCAGAGUCCGCGCUGGACCACCAUUCGAUGCAUCGAAAGUCAAGGUAUCAGGACGCGGCGUCGAUGAAGAACCUUUCACUGAAGAGCCUGUUGAAUUCGUAUGUGACUGCAGUGAGGCUGGAGAUGCACCUCUAUCUGUUGUCGUUUCACCACCAACUGGACGGGAUAUUACACCCGAGAUCAAGGAUAAUGGUGAUGGCACCCAUACUGUCAAAUACGUCCCAGACAAACCAGGACGUUAUAACAUCGAUGUCAAAUAUGGAAACCGACGCGUACCCAAGAGUCCAUUCAAACCAACUAUCAAACCCGCUGGUGAUGCCUCUAAGGUGAAGGUCGAGGGACUUGGACCUGAUGACGUUGCUAUCGUUCGUCAAGACAAUGAGUUUGUCAUUGAUGCUAGAGAAGCAGGAAAAGGAACACCCGAGGUCUCGUGCGUUGGUCCAAAUAGAAAGAAAGUCCCUGUCGAGGUUGUUUCAAAUAAAGAUGGAACAUACACGUGUUUCUAUGAACCUCAAGACGAAGGACGCCAUGCAAUGGAUAUUAAGUUCGCUGACAAGCCAGUACCCGGAAGUCCAUUCCAUGUCAAGGCCAAGGAGGGCGUAGACGUCAGUAAGAUCAAAUGUGCUCCAAAGAAUCCCAUUGAUGAGCCAGCAGUAAAUCAAGAACUCGUAUAUGCUGUAGAUGCAAGACCUGUGGAAGCUUUCCCAUCGCACAAUCCCAUCAAGGGUACCUUAGAAGGUCCUAAUGGAAAGAAAGAACCUAUACAAGCGAAAGAUAAUGGAGAUGGUACUUAUGAUAUUGGUUGUGUUCCAAAAGAACCUGGCCCGCAUAAAUUGGAUGUGAAAUAUGAAGGACAACCAAUUCCAGGAAGCCCAUUCAAAUUCAAUGCCAUCGAGGGUGGACCAGGUAGCGUCAAAGCAUUUGGAAAAGGUCUUGAACGUGGACUCACCAAGGAACCAUGUGAAUUUACAGUAGUUACAAGAGAUGCAGGGCCAGGAGGUUUAUCCCUUGCCAUCGAAGGUCCAAGCAAAGCUGACAUCAAGUGUGAAGACAAUGGUGAUGGAUCUUGCAAUGUAUCGUACGUACCCGAAGAACCAGGCGAAUACAACAUCAACGUCAAGUUUGCCGACAAGCAUAUCCCCGGCAGCCCUUUCGCCGCACAGAUUUACAACAACUGGGAUGACCUUGCUGCAGCAAAACCACGACCCACUGUCGGUAAGGUAUGUGACGUUGGCCUUGACAUUCCAGACGUGGCCGAUAUAUCAAAACUGAAGGGAACACUAAAGCGACCAUCCAGCACUCGCGAUGAGCCUUUGGAACUUCGCGUCAAUGAUGAUGGUAGUCUAGGUGUUACCUUUGUACCUUACGAACCCGGUGAGCACCUUAUCAGCAUCAAGAAGGAUAAUCGCCACGUCCAGAACAGUCCUUUCUCAGUUAUGGUUCAAGCACAGAGGUUAGGUGAUGUCUUCCCUGUCGGUCACACUGCCGAUGUCGUGAUACCUGGACUUGACAACUAUGGUGACUUGUCCAAACUGCAGGCAACUCUUCGUCGACCACACAGCAAAGUUGAAGAGCGAGUCAAACUUAUCAGAAAUCCAGAUGGUACUGUUAGUGUCUCGUUCGUACCACGUGAGCCAGGUGAACACUUUUUGAGCGUGAAGAGAGAUAACACACCAAUCCGUGGCAGUCCAUUCUCAAUUCUUGUUGAGGCGGAAGAACCAAUAGAGGCUGUUGGCUGCCCCGUUGAUUACUGCUUCGAUAUCAAGGAUGACGUCAAUUUGCCUGAAGAAUUUGACAAAUUGCAAGCAACUAUCAAGAGACCAUCAAGUGACAAGGAAGAACCAAUUGGCCUAAAGAUUAAUUCAGACCUGUCUCUUAGCGCCUCGUUUAUUCCUCGUGAGACUGGUAUCCACUUGAUUCAUAUCAGGAAGCGUGGUCGUGAUGUCAUGGGAAGUCCAUUCUCUGUCAACGUCACUGCUCCAGAAGCUGUUAGUCAAGUUGGUCGUCCUUAUGGACUUGGACUUGAUUUCGACGACGUCAACCUUCCCGAGGACUUCCCCCGUCUAUCUGCUACACUUAAGAGACCAUCAAGCAAAGAGGAGGAAGAACUGCGCCUUCUUCUUAACGGCGACAACACUCUUGGCGUUGCUUUCACUCCGAGAGAAGUUGGAGAGCAUUUUAUUCACGUUAGAAAAGACGGCCAUGAACUCAAAAACAGCCCCAUCAGUGUCAUGGUUGUCGGAAAGGAAGAAAAGGUUGAAGAGGUACAUCCCAUGAAGAAGACUUGUGAUCUCAGCUUAGACAUCCCUGGAGUCAGGCUUCCUGAAGAUUUCAAGUUACUGAAAGCAACCCUUCGAAGACCUAACAGCGACAAAGAUGAACCACUUACCUUGAAAUUGAACGAGAAGGAUAAUACUCUUGGCGUUUCUUUCGUACCAGUAGAGCCAGGUGAGCACAAAAUCCAUAUUACCAAGUCCGGAAAAGAAGUUCCUGGCAGUCCAUUCUCUGUCAUGGUUGAGGCUGCUGAACCUGUUAAUGCUGUAGGUAAACCAUGUGAUUGCUGUCUGCCGGGACAAUUCGAUGAAGAUGAUCUGAAGAGACUUACCGCAACACUCAAGAGGCCUUCCAAGAAGACAGAGGAACCACUAAAACUGAAGCUGAACUCCGACAAGACCCUAAGCGCUGUGUUUGUACCUCAAGAAACAGGAGAACACGUAAUUAGCGUCAAGAAGUUUGGAAAACACGUUGAAGGUAGUCCAUUUGUUGUCAUGGUCGUCGCCCCAGAAAGUUCCAACGCUAUUGGAAAGCCAUGUGGUGUCGGUCUUGAAAUCCCUGGCUUGAAACUGCCACAAGAUUUCAAUCUUCUUACCUCAAGCCUCAGGAGACCUGGAAAGACCUACGAAGAACCAUUAAAGCUAGUCCUAAACUCCGAUAACACACUGAGCGUCUCCUUUGUUCCACAAGAAACUGGUGAACACUUUGUCACCGUCAAGAAAGAAGGUCGCCAUGUUACUGGAAGCCCGUUCUCUGUAAUGGUCAGUGGACCUGGACCAGCAGAUGCUUCCAAGGUCAAAGUCUAUGGUGAUGGUUUGAAGAAAGGCGUUGUCAACACUCCUGCCCGUUUCACCGUCAACACUCGUGAUGCUGGCUAUGGUGGACUUGGCCUCUCUAUCGAAGGACCAUCCAAAGCUGAAAUCAACUGCGUGGAUAAUGAAGACGGCACAUGCUCGGUUGAUUACCUACCCAAAGAAGCUGGAAAAUACACCAUUAAUGUGAAGUUUGCAGAUGAGCAUGUCACUGGAAGUCCAUUCAAGGCAAUGAUUCGCAGACCAGGAGAAGAAGAAAUUGUAUGUGAAGAUGUUGAUGGCCUCGAGUCAGAACCAACCCAACGUGUGUCACAAGUAUUUGAAGAUCUUGUCAGCUUCGGAGGCGCCGCACCUCAGCCCCAAGACUUCGUAUUUGACCUUAAAGGUUAUAAAAUUGAAGAUCUCCAAACGACUGUGGUAGACCCGACAGGAGAGGAAUUACCUUCUGAGAUUGUGGAAAGCAAAGACAACAGCUACACUAUUCGAUUUAUGCCUAAAGAAAGUGGAGAACACAUAAUCAACGUUAUGUACCGAGGUCGCCAUAUUCCAGGAAGCCCCUUCAAACUAUUUGUGGAAGCACCCGCCUGGGGAGGAGCAGCUAAAUGUAUUGCUGCUGGACCAGGUCUUGAAAGAGGUGUGGUCAACGAGCUUGGUGAGUUUACAGUAUGGACACGUGAUGCUGGUCCAGGUGGUCUUGCUAUUGCUGUUGAAGGUCCAGCUAAAGCUGAAAUAACAUGUCAAGAUAACGGAGAUGGCUCUUGUAAUAUUAACUACCUACCAACCGCCCCCGGAGAAUAUACCAUACACAUUCGAUUCGCUGAUGAAGAUAUCCCUGGAAGUCCUUUCAAGGUUUUUGUGACGAGCGAAGUGGAAGAUCGUUUCCGUAACCUGAACAUUAAAGACCUUGCAGAGACUGGUCUAAAAGUUGGCCAACCAGCAUCUUUCUCUGUCCAGACCAACGCCCCUGUUGGCAGUGUUACCGCCACCGUUAUUGCUCCAUCAGGAAAUGAAUCAAAAGCGGUUGUAUCAUCUCUCGGAAAUGGUAACUAUGCAAUUCGCUUUGUCCCCAAAGAGUUUGGAGAUCACUUGGUAAAUGUUAAAUUUGACGACACGCAUAUCCCCGGAAGUCCAUUCAAGAUUCGCGUAGGUGGUGGAGGAUCUUACCCAGAAAAGGUCAAGGCAUACGGACCAGGUCUUAGCAGCGGAAAGGCUGGUGAACCCGCCGAGUUUACUGUCAACGCCUUGGAAGCUGGAUCUGGUGCUCUAGCUCUUUCCGUCGAUGGUCCUGCCAAGGUCAAAAUGAAUUGUACAGAGAAUCAAGACGGAACCUACCAAGUCACAUACUACCCGGUUGUGGCGGGAGAAUACACUAUCAGUAUCAAGUUCGCCGGUCAGCACAUACCAGACAGUCCCUACAACGUUACCGUUUUCUCUUCUAGUGGAAAGGGACCUACACCCAGCGAUGGAGAUGCCUCGAAGUGCACUUCAAGAGGAACAGGACUACACAGAGCCGUCCUUGGACAACCCAACUCUUUUACAGUCAACGCCAGCAAUGCCGGACGUGGUUCUUUAAUGGUGGGCGUCGAAGGACCUGCCAUUCCCGCCAAAGAAAUUAACGUAAAACACACAGGAAGCAACGUCUACGCUGUCAACUAUGCCCUAGAAGAACCUGGUACGUACAUCUUGAAGGUGCUGUGGGGAGAGAAGCAUAUUCCUGGCAGUCCAUUCCAUGUGACCGUCUAGAAUCCCCUCGAAAAUAUAGUUAACCAAUACGCAAUGAGACUGACAAUCUCAUUAAACGCAAUCGUUAAACGUGGUCAAGAUACGGACAAUAAAGUCUUGCAAAGUGAAAUUAAGGAGUUUGAYUAAAUAACUGGACUUAGAUAACCUAAUAUUUUGUACCCUUUAUAAACUGACACUUAGUUUGCUAAAUUAGAGAAAAAAUCGUCAUAAAAUCAAAAAGUCUUGAAUUCAAGACUUGUGAAGUGUGCCAAUAUUUUCAAUUUAUCGACGCCCCAGUAAUAUUUGUAGAAUUAUGCGAGAAAGGAAAAAAUGAACUUUGGUAUAUUUGUAAUUUCUAUAGGUCGAUACCUUUAAAGUAAUAUUUUGAAAAGAACUUGUUUCAUCUAAGUAAUAUUUUGAAAAGAACUUGUUUCAAUUCAUCUUGUAAAAGAAAUUAAAUUUUCGAAAAUUUGA